ACAAAGAAGAAAAUCAUUUGAACAAGAUUUUUUUUUUAGAACAGAAUUUCUACAAGAUUGUAUGAAAGGUAAGUGGGAUAUUUGAUUCAUGAAACUGUAAAUGUUUUGAGUUUUUUUCAAAUAGAUUUACAAAGGUGUCUGAAAAACAUAGAGGAAGAGUGAAAAAAUAGUGUAUUUUUUUUCAUUUUCAGUGUUUUUUUUUGACAUAUUUGAAUGCAAUUUUGCAGAUUCCAGAUAAGGUAAGAACUGACAGAAACAUGUGUUUUUCAUUUUCAGUGUUUUUUUUUUUUGGUUUCUGGUGAUUUUAGGUUUUAAGCAGUGGUAGUUUAUGUAGCAAUCAUAUGCUGUAAUGUGAAAUGUGAGAUUAGAAAGAUCAAAGAUUCCUAUACACUUGCCUGCCAAGUUGCCUAUACGAAAAUGGGUCCAACUAUGUUUGAUUUGUGAUCUUACAUUUAAUAAACUAUAUCUUCUAAAAAAAGACCUAAAAACGUGGAGCUUUCGCGUCUUUAUUUGGUCAUAUCCACUUUUACGUUCAUUUUGAGCUUCAAACUGUCUUCUUUUGGCUUAAGCCAUUGAGCGGUAGAGAAUCUGAAAUUGAAUUUUGCUCGUUUUUUUAAUUUUAUUUGAAUGGGUUUUUGCUAACUACGGUAUUAGUUUAAAAAUUAACUGAAAAUCGGGGUUUAAGAACCGAAAGAUUGGGGCUUUUUGUCAUUUUUCUCUUCCGGAAGGGACGAGAACGUCGAUUAGUUCUUUGAUUGGUGAUGGUUGAUCUAGAGUUGCUUAUAGAUAGCAUGAAAAGGUUUUUGUUUCAGUAAAUUUUUGAGUUUGCUUUGAAUCUUAAGUUAAUAUGUCAUUUCAGUCAUUGAAUUAUCCCUCUAAUACAUUUAGUCAUGUAAAUACACAUAAAACCUUGUAUAAACCAAAAUUAAACCCGGUUCUGGCUUUACCUCCACCAUCUGUUAUCUUGCACACAGAUGAUUCUUCUUCUACUUUUAUGCUUGGCCAAGCAAAUGCUGUAGGCAUUAUAGGAGGAAUAUCAGCAAACUCCACUCUAAAUUUCCUCAAAAAAUUAGUCCAAUGGAGCUCCGAAAAUGGGAAAGAUUCGAUUCCUUUUGUUCUUUGCUCCGAUCCGGAACUUAAUAAGGAUCUUUUAUCACAUGAAAGACAUUAUUUUCCUUCACUUGGUAGGCAAAAGGAGCAUUCUAAAUUUGAUGACUCCCAAAUUGUGAAGAGUCUAAAGAGUAAAAGGGUUUUUCUCGAAAGAUCCGGAGCUCGAUGCAUAGUAAUGCCUUGUCAUGUUUCGCAUUCAUGGCAUGAUGAGGUUUCUAAAGAUUGUUCUGUUCAUUUUCUUCACAUGGGUGAUUGUGUUGCUAAGGAGCUAAAAGAGGCUAAGCUUAAGCCUCUCGAGGCCGGGAGUCCUUUGCGGAUUGGCGUGCUGGCGACCAAUGCCACUUUGACUGCAGGAUUCUAUCAGGAGAAACUGCAGAAUGAGGGAUUUGAGGUUGUGCUGCCAGAUAAAGCAACAAUGGAACAUACUAUAGUCCCUGCAAUUGAAGCAUUAGACAGAAAAGACAUGGAAGGGGCUAGGAAUUUAUUAAGAAUAGCUCUACAGGUUCUUCUGGUUAGAGCGGUGAACACUGUGAUCCUUGCGUCCGACAAUAUGCGCGAUCUUUUGCCUCAGGAUGAUCCUCUUCUCAAGAAAUGUAUCGAUCCGAUGGAUGCUUUAGUUCGUUCAACUAUCGAGUGGGCACGAGCUGCUGAAAAAGGUCAAGGCAAUCAUGUCAAAAUGCAAAAUGUGGUUCAAGAUAUGAGUUUGUAGAUGGCGGACAAAUGUUUGGUGCUAGCAGGUACUCACUUAACAGAAGCUCCUCCGGAGAUUGAAAAGUGGGAAGGCGCACGGAGAAUUUCUUUGAUAGACAAUUCAAUUUCUACGCUUCAAAUGGUGUCUGCUUGUGCUAAUCUUUCCACUUUGCUGCUCAGUCUUAAUGCCUAUUUAGUUAUGAUAACUGUAAAUUUCUUGCGGUCCAUGAAAUCACUAACAGUUCUAGAUGUGUCGAUGAGUAGCAUACAAGAUUUUCCCCUGGAGAUUUUGAAUUUAGUUUUCUUACAGUAUCUUAAUCUAUCGCAUACAUUGAUAAUCCAAUUACCGGUGGAAUUGAAGGUGUUGAGGAAUUUGAAA